AUGAGAAACAUGGGAGGGAAGGAGAAGACGAUUUUGGUCAUCGCAAACGUGACCAGCUACCAGGGGUCAGAAAAAACCCUUUGCAUCGACAAUAGGAAGAAUGGCAAACAUUUCUGUGCAGUACCUCCUCCGAUACCCAUGUCUCCCAUCGUGGAGAAGAUGGAGGGUCUGAAGGCCAUCCGUAACCGCAGCAACAGCCUCCGUCUGGGUCGUCUGGCGUUUUAUCGGCAUCUGGAGAAGGUGGAGACUAUGCGAUGCUUUUGGGAACUGAAACAUGUGGAACUGGAAGGAGGCAAUCAGGUAUCAACCUCAGUACCUUCUGUGAUCCUUUCAUACCUCCCCACGUUUUAG